CUUCCUAUCUCUCUCAUUUCUUCACCGCCGCUGUUCAACGGUGGUCACUUUCUCCGCCGCUCCAACCGAUCUCCUACACAAAUCCAACACCAUGGCUCCUACCGCUACAGCGACUGCGACUGCGACAGCUUCCUCAGACGCCAGCGAAGGACCAGUGAUGGGACUCAUCAACAAACGUCUCCGCGCCCUCCGCAAGAAACUCAACCGAAUCACUCAAAUGGAAGAAUCGAUCUCUCAGGGGAAAACCCUAAACAAGGAGCAACAAGAAGUCCUCCGCUCCAAACCCUCCGUCCUCAUCCUCAUCGAAGAGCUCGACAAGCUCCGCGCUCCUCUCUCCGCCGCCGUCUCCGAAGAAAUCACCCUCGCCACUACUCACCACCACGAUCAAGCUCACGUAGCUGACGCUCCCGAGGAGGAAGAAGCGAAGACGUUGGAGGAUUUGGUGAAUCUCUUGUACUUUGGCUCGCUCUUCGACGUGAAGUCGCAGAACGAGUUGGCUUCGAUUAUGCUGACGAGGACGCACGAGAGAGGUUGCUGUUUGGUUUACGAUACGGUUACGGAUGAGUCCACGGAUCUGUUAUGUGAUAAGGAUCUGGAUUUGAUUUCGGAGCUGUGGACUAUGAUGGUAUCUAGGCCUGCGGAUUCGUUCUUGUCUCACAAGAACGCUUUGGAGCGUUGCGUCGAGCACGCUAAGCUUUGGUUGGCUAACUCGGACCAGCCGAUUGCUUCCAACUGCAAUGUUUCAUAUGCUGGAUUGAGAGAGAAGUUGAAGAAGAUUAUGGGUUCUAAUUACUUCACUAUUACUCCUGAGAUGGUUGCUCCUGUUGAAGCAGCGGCUGCAGCUGCUGGUAACUACGGUUCUUACCAAGUCCCUGCUGACACUGAGCAAAAGGAAGAAGACGCAUCAAACUUCAAAGAACAAGAAUCUGCUGUAAACGAUCAAUCUGAGCAACCAAAGGAUGAGUCAGUGACGGAAGGAGAGGUGGUCCAAGGACAGCAGGAACAAGGCUAUACUCAGGUGGAAGGAGGGAGGUCAAAGAGAGAUUAUCAGCAACAGUAUGUGCCACGUGGAACCCACCAGAACCAGAGAGGUCAUAGAGGUGCUAGAAGAGGUCAUUCCAAUGCCCCCCGGGGAGGUCGAGGUGGUGGUGGUGGAGGAUACUCGAAUGGGAGGUAUGAAUCUUAUGACAAUUCGGGUGGAAACGGUUACCAAAGGAGCCACUACAACAACAGAGGAAGGGGACGUGGUGGUGGUGGAGGAAAUGGCCAUUCAUACAACAACAACCAAGACUCAAACGUAACUGUUGCGUCUUAGCUUUUCUGCCUUGUUGACUUUUGGGUGCGUGUCCUUGUUUGGGUUUCGAACUUUUGUCAAGUGCUCUUUGGUGUUAUGAACUUCUGUUUUUCUUUUGUAGCCAUCAAAUCAAUAUGAUCCCUUUUCUCUCCAUGAGAGCCA